UGAGAACCACUGAUGCAGGUGUCACAACACGUGAGACCAGCGGCUGACGUGGGCCUCACAUUGUUUGAAAUGGUAUAUAACAUAGAGACUUUUCCUGUUCUGAUCACCGGGCACUUCUACCUUACUCUGCAGAUACUUGAAGCUUCACCUCCAGAAUGAAGACCCUUAUUGCCUUUGUCUGCGUACUGGGUGAGUAUCCCUUUGAUAGCACCUAUAUUCAAUUUAUAUAUAUAUAUCUUUUCUUAUCUUAUCAGAGGCCGGUAGCUCUCAACUCUUCAAUAGCCUCUCUCUCUCUCUCUCUCUCUCUCUCUCUCUCUCUCUCUCUCUCUCUCUCUAGAUAGUUGGAUUUGAGACGAUUCACCUAUAUUCUAUUUAUAUAUAUAUAUCUUUUCUUUUCUUUUCUGAGGCCGGUAGCUCUCACCUCUCCAAUAGCCUCUCUCUCUCUCUCUCUCUCUCUCUCUCUCUCUCUCUCUCUCUCUCUCUCUAGAUAGUUGGAUUUGAGACGAUUCUGCUUUUCAUUGCCGUGCACUUUAGUUGUAUUUUGGUGCGUGAGUGAAAUCGACAACCAUUUCCUUUUUUGAGACAUUCAGUUGGAGAAAGCGUUCAUCACACCAAUUGAUAAAGCUUGUAGCUAAAUUGCGGUAUAAGCAUCUCCCUCAGAUAUUAAGCCAAAGAUGGUUGUAUCAUAAGCAAUGAUUUGUGUUUCUUCCGUGGAAUUGUCAAUUCAGUUUGGUGCGCACAUCUAACAUGCAUCAGUUACCAAAUACGUCACGUUGGGAAAUGGUGUCUGUGGGCCGUCGAGCUGUGCGAGGUCUUAAUGCGCCCCCCCCCCGGCACACCUUCACAUGGGCCAGACGCCGGUUUUCUCCGCCACCAGACAGUGCAGCGUCACGCCGGGACACCCUCUCCCCCCUGGCUUGGGGGACGUCUGGUCGACCAAAAACGCUGCGUUUAAAGCGUUCGUGGUACACUCUCCCUAAAGGUCUGGGUGGGUCUGCUUCCACUCCGGCGGAAAAGUGUUGCGUUACCAUCCCCACCACCCAGGGAGUCUUUGGGUCUGGACGGAAAUCUGGGACGAAACGGUUGCCUAGGAGCGGCUUUCUCACGGCCGCGUAGCUAAAAUCAUCGGCAUGGGUUUUAACCGCCACCCAAGCCUCAUAUUCAUCAACGACAACAAGUAAUCAAGUUACGAUGUUACUACUCCCGUUGCGUUGGGAGUGAUGCCAUCGGCCCGGGGUCUUUUGCUUCACGAGAAAAUGUCCACCCUACUAGUCCGCCACGCCACCAAGAGGCAAAGCCCAUGUGUGCGCCACCAAUAUUCCAUGGUGGCACGCCGUUUCCACGGAGCCAGUGUAUCUGUUUCUCAAGCAUGCGACUUAAUUGACCGAGAUUUAUACUUCUGUGUCGUAACUUCCUCUAGGAGAUUUGAGCUGAUGUUGCAGUUUGCAUUGAGAUUGUAAACCCAGCAGUGACAGAUCACAUUGCGAGGGGAGCAUCGUGACCACGCCCCUUUUUAGAGGGGCUGUUUCUGUCGGGCCACGUGUCUCAAAUGGGAGAUGAUUGCAUCCCCUGAAAGCUUUCGUUUAAAUCGAGAAGCGUAGAGGAGAUUCCAGAAAUACGUUACAACUCAUGUAAAAGGCACAGCCUCAAAGAAAACUCACGUGAACUGCUGGCUUCUGACAGGAAAAUGUUACGAUUUGAGAACUGUCGGUCUCUGAUAGAGACUAUUGAAGAGUUGAGAAAUACCAGCCUCUGAUAGAGUCUAUUGAAGAUUUCAGAACUGGCGGCCUCUAAUAGAGACUAUUGAAGAGUUGAUAACUAUCCUUCUCAGAUAUGGAAUAUUGAAGAGUUGAGAACUACAGUCCUCUGAUAAGGACUAGUUUGAAGAGUUGAGAACUGCCGGCCUCUGAUAAGAUAUGAAAUGAUAAGAUAUUUUUAUUGGUCCAAAUACAUGAACGUUUUUUGUUGUCAUUCAACAUACAUCUUUCGUUUGUUGUGCCUUAAACUUAGCCUGCAGCGAGACUUUGGUCGAAAAAUUGUCCGGUAUGAAUUAUUGUUGAGUUGCCGAGUGUGAGUUGUAGUUUUGAAUAGCGUCUUGGCUUUUUGUUUGAAAGGAGUUCUCUUUUCUUUUUUCUCCAAGAUCAUGGACACGCCUCAUGUCUGUAGCCGAAUUGUCUUUGGAUGGUCGUCAUACACCAGAAAAUAAGGAUAAUUUGGAAUGACAAUAAAAAUUAAUGAAAACGACUGAAAAAGAUACAUAUUCUCUUAGAGACCUCAAAACGGAAUUUAUGUCACUUAAAGCAAAAGCCAAAACCAUUCAAUUCUGAUUUCAAGCUUGAUAUUUUAACAUUGGUACCCAUGAACAUAAAAAUGUAUAUACUUAAACUAAAAAACAACAACAACAAUCUGUAGUUCAUUCAUUAAUUUUAUAUUUAUAUAUAUAUACAUAUUUUUCUUUCUAUUUUCCUUUGCUUUGCUGUUCUCCAAACCAGCCGCCGCGUGCGGCCAAGAUCAAGAAGACCUCGAUAAAAGAAUUGUGAAUGGUGAGCCAGUGACCACGAGCCCUUACACUUUCCUGGCCUCGCUUCAGAUCUUUGAUGCCAACUCUGGUGAAUGGCACCACCACUGUGGUGCUGAGCUGAUUGAGCCCGACAAGGUCAGAUGACCCAUCACAUGUUUGCGCGUGUCUCCGUGCAAGUGUUUAUUUUUGUUCCCGUGCCUUUGUGUGCGUUGUUCUAGAGAUGUAUUUAUUGCGCACACCAUUUUCACAGGUGCAAAACCUCAGCGACGGUUAGCGCUUAAUUUAUUGUAACUUUUAAACCCAGGACGCUAAGACAUGUAAUAAAAUUUAAAAUCAUUUAAAUUAAUUAAAUACAUUUUAGCGAUUAAAUAUAAAACGUGUUUUUUUUUUUUAUUUUUAGUCGUUUUUUGUUUUUGUUAAACUGAGUUAUUUUUUUCCCCUCGAAUACAAGCUUACAAAAAUUGCAUGACAUAAAACUCCUCUAUCUACUCCUCUAUCUACUCUAUCUACUCCUCCAUCUACAGUUGCUGACCGCCGCCCACUGCGUUGCUGGACGUGACUCCUGGCGGUGGCGUGUUGUGCUUGGUGUGACCAGCAUCCACCCGAGCAAGCUUCAGAACGGCCAGAUUGAACGUGUCAAAAGCUUCAUCGUGCAUCCAGACUACGACCCUUUGGAUUUUUAUAACAACGACAUCGCAAUCGUAUACUUGGACAGACGAGUCAGAUACAAUAAAAAAAUUAAGGUAAUAAGCCAGGUCACGAGCAAAAAACCACGGUUUGCGCUAUAAUAACAAACAAAAAAACAACAACAAAAAACGGUUUGCGCUAUGAAAUAUUAUUGACAGUAUCUUGUUUUUUUUUUCUUUGAAGUUUAAAAAGAAGUUAAACGAUUUCACCACCCUUUCAUCUUUCCAUUCUUCCAUCUUUCAAUCCUUCCAUAUUUAUAUCAUUCCUUCCCAUUAUUUUUUUCUUUGACGUCAUGGCCGAAUAAUUAUUUUUUUUAAAAAGUAUACUUCAUUCAUUAUUAUCUAAUAAGAACAGUGCUUCUAGGGUGUGAGUAAUUUGAAUUACAACACACACGUGAAAUAAAUAUCAAUUUUUUUUGGUUAAAUUUGAAAAGCGUUUUGUUAAUAUUUAUUUUAGGGUUGCUGUUCACCUGACAACAUUGUUUUAUUGUCUUUGUCCCUAACAAGCCAGCCAAGUUGGCCUUCAAGUACUCGAGUUAUGUUGGCAGCAAGUGUGUCGUUACUGGAUGGGGAGACACCGAAACAAAAAAAGCUUCCGGUACCUAUGAUCUUAUGCACGCACACGUUACAAAGAUAUCGAAUCAAGUUUGCCAGCAUCUCUAUCCCUAUGCAAAGAUACGACGGACGAACUUGUGUUUGUUUGAAGAAAACGGUAAUUGAAAUUUAUUUAUGAAAAUUAAUCUAACAGUACUUUGAACCAAGGCCGUGUCAAGGAAAAGCUGCAGUACUUUUUGCCACGGUUGGGUCGAAGAAAAUGUGGAGUAUUUAAACCUAGGUUGUGUCAAAGAAAAGCUGCAGUACUUUGAAAUUAGGCCGUGUCAAGAAAAAGCUACAGUACUUUGAACCUAGGCUGUGUCAAGGAAAAGCUGUAGUACCUUGAACCUAGCCCGAGUCAAGGAAAAGCUGCAGUACUUUGAACCUAGGCCAUGUCAAGGAAAAGCUGCAGUACUUUGAACCAAGGCCGUGUCAAGGAAAAGCUGCAGUACUUUGAACCUAGCCCGAGUCAAGGAAAAGCUGCAGUACUUUGAACCUAGGCCGUGUCAAGGAAAAGCUGCAGUACUUUGAACCUAGGCCGUGUCAAGGAAAAGCUGCAGUACUUUGAACCUAGGCCGUGUCAAGGAAAAGCUGCAGUACUUUGAACCUAGGCCGUGUCAAGGAAAAGCUGCAGUACUUUUAACGUAGGCCGUGUCAAGGAAAAGCUGCAGUACUUUUAACGUAGGCCGUGUCAAGGAAAAGCUGUAGUACUUUGAACCUAGGCAAUGUCAAGGAAAAGCUGCUCAUGGUGCAAAAACUAACAUAGUUUCCGAGCCGUCUAAAAUUGUACAUAUUUAUAUACAUUUAAUCUACAUGAAUAAUCACGUUUUUGUACGCCCCAUAAUUUAUAUUCUUCAUUGAUGAAAAAAGUCAUUAAGGACAUAAAACCCAGCAACAUACAUGAAAUAAUAAUAUUAAUAAUAGUAACAUAAUAAUAAUAUUUACAGUUUAAGAAAAGAAUAUAUGGCUUUGUCUCGUUGUAUAAAUACUGAAUGAAUUAAAUUAAAAAAUGAAUAUAGCUAAUGUUUCCCGGGUCUUCUACUAUAUUUAUUGGCAUUUAUUGCCCACACUGCUACCAUCCUGACUUGAAUGUCGUCUAGUGCAAUAGAUGCGUCUCGUAUACACUGCUACCAUCCUGACUUGAAUGUCGUCUAGUGCAAUAGAUGCGUCUCGUACACACUGCUACCAUCCUGACUUGAGUGUCGUCUAGUGCAAUAGAUGCGUCUCGUACACACUGCUACCAUCCUGACUUGAAUGUCGUCUAGUGCAAUAGAUGCGUCUCGUACACACUGCUACCAUCCUGACUUGAAUGUCGUGUAGUGCAAUAGAUGCGUCUCGUAUACACUGCUACCAUCCUGACUUGAGUGUCGUUUAGUGCAAUAGAUGCGUCUCGUACACACUGCUACCAUCCUGACUUGAAUGUCGUGUAGUGCAAUAGAUGCGUCUCGUAUGCACUGCUACCAUCCUGACUUGAGUGUCGUCUAGUGCAAUAGAUGCGUCUCUUAUACACUGCUACCAUCCUGACUUGAGUGUCGUGUAGUGCAAUAGAUGCGUCUCGUAUACACUGCUACCAUCCUGACUUGAAUGUCGUGUAGUGCAAUAGAUGCGUCUCGUAUAAACUGCUACCAUCCUGACUUGAGUGUCGUCUAGUGCAAUAGAUGCGUCUCGUACACACUGCUACCAUCCUGACUUGAAUGUCGUGUAGUGCAAUAGAUGCGUCUCGUACACACUGCUACCAUCCUGACUUGAGUGUCGUCUAGUACAAUAGAUGCGUCUCGUACACACUGCUACCAUCCUGACUUGAAUGUCGUCUAGUACAAUAGAUGCGGCUCGUAUGAUUAUGGUGCUAUUAUGUUUGUGUUUUUUUAUUCCAGAGCCAGCGGGGUCCCGACCCGAUGCUUGUCAAGGAGACAGUGGGGGACCAGUCAUGUGUGGCGCCAACCUGCAAGACCUAGCUGGCAUUACAUCUUGGGGAGUGGACUGCGGGGGUGAGUUUCACACUGAGACUAGUCUAAUGUUUCGAAGCACUAUUUCUCACCGCCUCAGCUUGUUGUGUAGCUCAACUACAAUCGAACAAAAUAGUGAAACUUUUUUAUUGCGCGUUUAUCGUCACAAACUCUUGUCUAUGUCCUUACACGCUUAUUUAAAUCCGUUAUAUUAACUCCCUUUUGUUCGUGUGUUCCUGGCUGGGGGGGGGGGGGCAAAAAUCUUCGACCGGCUAAUUGACUCAUAUCCCGUCAAACUAUCGAUGGAGCUGAAACUUGGCACAUAGACUCGUUGUAGAUGACAACACAUUCUUUCCAAUUUUCAGCCUCACCCCCCCCCCUCCCUCCAACUCCAACCCCUAAAAAUCAUGUUUCAUGUCUUUCAAGGGGAAGAUGAAGGAAAUAUGACACCGAUUUCAUGAAAUAAAAUUCUCGCUAACUGUGCUAAAUGAGAUUCUGUAAAAAAAAAAAUAAAAAAUUUGGAAGUGCGUUUGGUGCGUAGCAUUGUUUGUUGUUGUUGUUCUGAAAUAGUGGAUGAAAUAAAUCUGCGGUGUAAAGCCGGGUGUGUCAUUAGAAUAUCAAUAUAGUUUCGGGGCCUGAAAAAAUUGUGCGGAUGUGAGCCAAUAAAAGGGGGGGGGGGUGGCGCACUAAUUGGGAUUCUUAUAAAGUGAUUUACGUGUCUGCAUUUCUUGUCCCGAUUUUCAGCCGCAACCGAACAGCUCGAUGUUACCUAUACCACAAACUUUCUUUUUAGGGGUUAAUUGAUUUCACAAUAUUUUCGAUAACGCGAAAAAUGAAAUUCCCCAAAGGCGCACAAGGCAACAUGCAAAUUUGUGUUCAAUAUGCGUGCAAGAUAAAUUUGUAUUCCUAAAAAUUAAUGGUGUGGCGAAACGGGGCCGCCCCAACGGUUGCUGGCGCCCUGUGCCAGCUCAACUUUGGAGCCCCUUAUAAGUAUAAUCAUUAAAGGAAAAAAACUAGUUAUUCGGUAAUGAGUUUAUUACCUAUGUUUUUUAAAAAACAAACAAACAAUGAAUUCUUUAUAAAAGCGUUUCUCAACCUGUGGGUCGCCACCCCUUUGGGGGGGUCGAACGACACUUUCAUUGGGGGGGGGGGGUCUCCUAAGACUAUCUGAAAACACAUAUAAAUCACAGUUAGAUAAUAUCAACGAAAAUAUUUUUUUGGUUUGGGGUCGCCACAACAUGAGGAAAUGUGUUAAAGGGCCGCGGCAUUAGAAAGGUUAAGAACCACUGCUUCAUAACUAGUUUUUUCAUCUUAUGUCUAAUUAUUAUACUUAUCAGGGGCGCCAAAGUUAAGCCUUAGGUAAACUUUCACCCUGUGUGAAGCAGACUUUCGGCGCCCUUUGCGCUUGCGAUUUUUAGCCCCGAAAAUCUUUUUUGCUCUCCAUAUUCUGUCUGUCGAAAUAAUUGUACGAGGGACAAGGAAAUAAGGUAAUAAAAAAUUAAUUUCCACGCACUUUCGGUUGGUUCCAGAGCCUGUAUCCACAUUAAGAGUGAAACUUUCAUUAUAUGAAAACUCAUUGUAUGAAAACUCAUUGUACAAAAACUCAUUGUACGAAAACUCAUUGUACGAAAACUCAUUGUAUGAAAACUCAUUGUACGAAAACUCAUUGUACGAAAACUCAUUGUACGAAAACUCAUUGUACGAAAACUCAUUGCAUGAAAACUCAUUGUAUGAAAACUCAUUGUAUGAAAAGUUAGAAUACCGUUUCUCGAUCCCCCGGACACAAGGUUCACACUUCACUAGAAUAAACUAAGGGAAUUUGAAUAUUUACUGUGCGCCGCAGGCGCUCCUUUGUUCACGGCGCCCUGUGCGAGGGCACCGGUCGCACACCCCAAAGGCCGGCUCUGGGCGAAAUGUGUAUGAAUAGGCUUCGGAAAAGGACGAGUACCGAGGCGAAGAUGUGUGUUGUCUAGGAUUAGGUCACCUUCAAAUGACAGGGAUUAUCGGCGGGCGACACCUAGUCUAAUACAUGAAAUCAUAUUUAUUCAAUUGUUUGUUUGAUAGCCCAUCACCCCGGUGUGUACACUCGAGUGUCCGAGUUCCUGGACUGGAUCCACACCAACUAACACCCGGGACAUGUGGGUACAGCUGGAUCGACUUUGGCUAAUCCGCAGAACUUGUGGCACAAGUGAGAGCAGGACGCAGCCCAGAGUUCACGCUACUGUAAUCGUUCUAAAAUUCGUGAUGUAUUUGGUCACGUUCGUUAAAAAAAUAAAGGCC